AUGGCACUACCAUUUCUUCUAGAAAGAUGCAAUAAUAACAACGUACCCAAGAAGGUCAUUGUCGUUGGCGCAGGCUGUGCUGGUCUUGCAAUGGCUCGAGCAUUGCAUAAGCGAUCUGCAGAAUGUGAGAUUGUCAUCAUUGACCCUAUACUAAGCGGCAUACGGCUCGACUUUGCCAGAACCACCCAAAUUAUGUCAACCUCUACUGCCAGCUACGACGCUGGGAGAAUCAUCAGGAACGACUAUAUCCACAAUAUCUACAGGAUCAUUGCAAGUGCAGCAAUGAAUCGGUGGCAGACGCUCGAGCCCUGGAGCCAUGCUUAUCACCGAAGCGGACUCUUGUUAGCGAGCGAUACGACUGACAAUGGACCGCUCAUGGAAACAUUUGCGCGAUCUCGCGAUGAAGUCUCUUCAAACGGUGAGCCAUUCGAGGUGGAGGAACUAUAUUCCAAGCAAGAUGUCAAGAGAGCUCUCGGGACUAGUGGCGACGUUGGUGGCUGGGGAUACUUACGCCAUAAUGCUGGUUGGGUGCAUAGCGGUGAUAUCAUGCGUACGGUUCUCGAAGACCUGAUACAAUCUGACAAUAUUUGCCUCAAGUCCGAAAAGGUAAUCUCUCUCCAGAGAAAGGCUGAAGAGGAUACAAUUCUCGGCGUUGUUCUGGAGUCCGGAGAAUAUUGCGCGGCUGAUCUCGUUGUGCUAGCUACUGGGCCUUGGACAGCAGGGCUAAUAGACACCAGAGGCAGAACUGUUGCGUCAGGGGAGACAGUGGCUUAUGUGCAGCUUAGGCCUGAAGAACAGCACAUUCUUCGUGAGAUGCCCUGCUUUGUAAACUUCGAUCAAAAGAUCUGCUUUACGCCUCCUACAAAGCUUGUGCUUAGGGUUGCCCUUCAUCGAGACGAUUCGAUAAAUGCUGUCACUUUCGAUCAUCCUUGGAUUGGUGGAACAACUAUUUCAAUACCUCCAACUUUUGAGAAUAGACUCGACUCUCCACUGCGAGGAACACAAGAACAGAAACUGCGCCAAGCAUUGAGGAUAAUCUUUCCUGCUCUCUCUGAAGCUGAGAAUAUCCAUUUUCGCCAAUGUUGGUACGAAGACACAUUUACAGGCGACUUUAUUGUUUGUUCGCACCCGGAUUUUAAACAACUAUUUCUGCUCCAUGGGCUUGGGGAGCAUGGAUUUAAGUUCUUGAAUGUCAUUGGUGACUACGCGGUUGGGAUUUUACUAGGCGAGGUUGAUACUAGUCUUGCACAACUUUGGGGCUGGCCAAAAGGGAGAACAGAGUGCCAACUUUAUUCAAGUCAUGGUCAAGGAGGCUGGCGUUGA